AUGGAGGAGAACAAUAGUAUUAUGCAGAAUAAUGAAAACAGCCAAGAAGAACAAAAGAAGAUUAUGCAAAUGAGGACUUUAGUUGAAAAGCAAGAUCCAACCUCCAAGGAAUAUGAUGAUUUGGAAAUCAGAAGGUUUCUUCGUGCUCGUGAUAUGGACAUUGAGAAAGCCUCUGCUAUGUUUUUAAAGUUUGUUAAAUGGAGAAAAACAUUUGUUCCAAAAGGUUCAAUUUCUGUAUCGGAAAUCCAAAAUGAAUUAGCGCAGAAUAAGAUGUUCAUGCAAGGAACUGAUAAAAGUGGACGCUUGAUAACAGUCGUGUUUGGUGGAAGACAUUACCAAAACAAAACAGGAGGCCUCGAAGAGUUCAAACGUUUUGUGACCUUCAUACUUGAAAGAAUAACUUCAAGGAUGCCAGCUGGACAGGAAAAGUUUGUUGCUAUUGCAGAUGUAAAAGGAUGGGGAUAUUCAAACAGUGAUAUACGUGGAUAUCUUGCCUCCCUAUCUAUUUUGCAGGAUUAUUAUCCAGAAAGACUUGGGAAAAUGUUUUUGGUGCAUGCUCCUUCCGUAUUUAUGACAGCAUGGAAGAUGAUUUAUCCUUUUAUUGAUGAAAAAACAAAGAAAAAGAUUGUAUUUGUUGAUAGUAAGCAGCUGAAGUCAACACUUUUAAAAGACAUUGACGAAAGUCAACUUCCAGAAAUCUAUGGAGGGAAAAUGAAAUUGGUUCCCAUUCAAGAUAGCUAGUUUGGUUUAUGUUCUCCUAAGAAGUGAGAUCAUUCAUUAAAGGAACAGUCAUAAGGGGCUGUUUCUUUUUCUGCUGAAUGGAUAAAUGAUGUAUAAGUUUGUAUCAAUUUUGGACUGUAUAAACAGUCUGAAUAUGAAAAUUUGACCAUUUCACCAACAGUUGAUCGUUAUUUAAGGACUGUUAUAAAUUGAAAGUGUAACCAUUGGUGAUGGAAAAAGUUAAUUGAGAAUAACAAAGAUGUACCACAUUUUAUAUUUUUAAAUGGAAAUCACAAAGAAACGUUUAUA